AUGGUGUUCAUACCAAAUAUGUGCAAAUGUUGUCAGAGUUGUCUAGAAUCAUGUUAUUGGCAUUUUAUAGAAGAGCGGUUUUGCUUCGACGAAAGCAUAGCCAAUUAUCAGGAACCAAUUACAAAAGAAGAAAAAAACAAUAACUUUUGCGACAAUAUGGCGUUUUACGAUAGCGUAUCUGUGAUAGCUGGAAGGGCAAUAGUAACAAUAGAUCCCCUACCGGAAAAAAAAGAUAAAUCUCCCAUCAUCGUACAACCCAGAAGAAGAAAUACCAUAAUCCAGAAAAGUAAAAGCCAGUCUUCUAUACCAAAUAUCCCUUCGGUAAUUCUGGAUCCACACUUUGAAGAAAGAGGAUAUGAUUCUCUUGGAAGUGAUACGACCCACUUAAAUCCACUAGAACCGGAGUUCCAGGACAAUUCUGCAGCUGUUAAAAAGACUGUCAGCUUUGGGGAUAUCACAGAUACAAAAUUGGAAAAUACAAUAGCGAACACUGCAGCACAAUCAGAAAAUACAUUCCUAUCUCCUCCACCAGUAAUGGGUGUUCCCAGAAAAUCUCUUAUGGAAAGGCGACAAUCUCGAAGUUUACAUUUAAAAAUAAAUUAUCCCAAAGAAGUCCCAAUAAUUAGACAAAGUUCAGUGCCAAAAUUCUUCGUGGACACACCGGAAGACAACCAGCAGGAUUCGGUGUUAGUGAAAAGUCCAUUGGCAGCUCUUCAAAGCCCUAUGAUCUGCAAAGAUAAAUUUUGCUAUGACUUAAAGUCGGUAGUGCAUAUGGAAGACGAAAAAAUUAAACAAGCUGAGCAUGCAAGAAAAAUCCAUCCGUUAGUGCAUAGGGUAUCGUCGUCAUCGAAACUAGCUGGCAUUAAAGACAGAAUUAAACUAACAAAAAGCAAAAGCACACUUAGUUCUAGUAACAUACCACAUAGCCACCAUAUAUAGUUCAUAUCAUAAUACAAUUUUUUUUCAAACCUUAAAAUCUAUAAUAAACUGUAAUAUACAUCAGUGUAAGUGGAACCGUGAAUUUCAGUACUUCCUGGUUGAAGUCCAAAAAAUAUGUGACCAAAAAAUCACUGAAUAGAUACCAACUAACUGCUACACAAACAUAUGAGAGAAUCACACCUUCUAGUAUUAUUUUUUUACUUUUUUAUUUUUGCAGUCCAUGCGUUACACUUACCAUACUGGUUUGGAAUAAGUUUAAUCUGAGGCACAAUUUCACUAUCAGACUGUAAGCAAAUUUGCCGGAAUAUUGUAAAUAAUUAGCCUUGAUAUGUGCUAAUAAAAAAAAUUACUAGCAAUACGAAAUACAUUACUUAGCCCACAUUAUAUGUAUUAAAAGAAGCGUAAAAUACAAUUUUCACCUUUUAUCUACUAUAGGAGAGGUGAAUUACAUAAAAAUCUAAUCUUCAUUGAUCACGCAUAUACCUUCUACAGACCAACAAUAUGUGGAUGUCUUACUAAAUCGCCGACAAAGUUUUCAAAAGGUCUUUGUCUGUUAGUUGACCUACAUAUAUUUUUACCUGUUUUUUCUGAUUGCAUUUAACCACAAUCUAAUUGCUCAUGCAUAUUUUUAUCAAGUUUAGCUGCAUCUAUUUUCAUUUAAGUCUUAUUUAUUUUUAAUGGGUUUUUUAAGCCGCAGAUUUUGGAGAGUUAGGAAAUAGAACAUCAAUGCCAUUUAGUAUAACAUCAGGACUUAGUCAAGGAGACUCCUUAUCAUCGUAUCUAUUCAAUUUGCCGUAAAAUAUGCAAGUAAAAAAUCUUAUGAGCUACAAGUGGAUUUGCGAACCGACGAUCAAUUCUGUCGUUGGCCUUUGCUGUUGAUAAGAACUGAAAUUGACUUUGUUGAAUGAAAUGAAAAUCUGGUCACUAAAAGUAGAUAAUAUAAAUAAACUAGAAUCAUUUAAGAUGUGCUAUAGAAGGAUUUUGAAAAUACCAUGGAUCCAACGAGUAACAAAUACUGAAGUGUUAAGAAGGCUACAAAAGGAUUGCGAGGUCAUAAAGCACAUUAAAACAAGAAAGCUAAAGGCCACAUUACCAGAGGUGCGAAAUAUGAGAUAUUAAGGCUUAUAAUGCAAGGUAAAAUCAAGGGUAGAAGGUCCAUACCAAGACGAAGAAUUUUCUGGCUAAGAAACCUAAGAGAGUGGCAUAGUGACAGCUCAGUAAAUAUUUUUAGAGCAGACGCCAAUAAGGUACGGAUAGCUGUGAUGAUAGCCGACUUCCGAUAGGAGAAGGAAUUACAAGAAUAAGAAGCUGUUCAUCUAGAUGCAGUUGCUUAUUCUACAAGAGACGCGAGAGAGCUAAUUUCACAACUCAAGAAAAAAACAAGUAGUCUGGAUCUUCGAAUAAAUGAAGAGAGGACGAAAUACAUGCUAGUAAUCAAAAAUCCAAUGCCAAGAAUUAGGCAAAACAUAAUUAUUAAUGACUACACUUCAAGGUUGUGAAAUCAAAGUUGUUCAAAGAGUUUAAAUAUCUGGGGACGGUAAUCCCAGAUGACAACCACACAGGAAAAGAAAUUUCCGCGAAAAUAGAAUUUUAAUAAAUUAUUAAAAUCUAAGCUGCUAAAAAGAAAAUUUUAAUUAAGACUUUACAUGUCAAUUAUUCGCCCAGUUGUUACAUAUGGAAGUGAAACAUGGAGUCUACAUCAGUGGGAAAUAAAUAAGCUUUAUUUGUAUUUUAAAGUAUUUGAAAGAGAGGUUCUCAUAAUGAUAACUGCACUUCAAAGAUAUGAAUUGACAGGAGAGUGGAAAAAAAGUAGGCCAUUCCAAAAAAAGAUGGAACGAUGAGAAAUGGAGGACUAUGUUUAAUGCGAAGAAGACUCACCCCGAGUUGUCAAGCCAAUGAAAAAGAAGGAGAAGACGGGUUUAGGUUUGUACUAGUUUAGAAAGAGCAUCUUCUGAAGUGAUCACUAGUGCACCAGCGCGUAGAUUCUUUUUCUUUCUAUGGUAGUUUUUUGUGUUUAUUUUAUUUGCUCUAGAAGCAACC